UGAAGUCAGAACUGGAAGGCCAAUCCAUACAGAUGGGUCAACGAAUGUAAUAUGUACAGGGAAGGAAUGCGACUCAGAGAUCGUCCCAUCAUGCUUGACAAUACAGGUCCCCACCGUCCCUUCAACGUCAAAAGGAAAUCUACCCUUCCCAAACAACCCUCUAGGACAGGAUCAACCAAACUCACGAUGCAGGACUUCGUGAGGAUGGAUCCUGGUUACACUCCAAACAUAGAGCAUCUUGUGUUUCCCACUCGAAAACGGAACCCUCAGCAAGUAGCACCCAUCAACCCACCUGUCCAGAAGACAAGGUCUAGGCUGGCUGAGAUGUUCGCCCUUAGCCGCCACCUUCAACAGAGGUCAGCAGACAGAGAGUCGAAAAAUAGAGUUCCUGUGAUCAACAGGAGUGUCGAUAGUGCCUUGGAAGGUCGCCCCGUCGGUGGCGCUUCCUCGGUGCCGGGGCCGCCCCAGCGGUCCGGUACCAUCACCGGCGACCCACGGAGGUGGCUGCAGCAGCACCAGCAGUCCGAAGAACCGGUCCGCCAGAGGAUCAGUCCGAUCGCGGAUGCCGACAUGACGGCUGGAAGGGCCCCUAACGUGUCAGUCCUCCAUCUCCGCAACUCCACCGAUAGCUGGGAGAACAACGCCAAACUACCCACCGCCAACUCCAGAAUCUACCCCAGCAGCAGAAAACCAGCAGGAGUACACUGCUUGACGAAACACCAGUCGCUAGGAGGAAUAGAAUCGAAGUUCAGGUGGACCGGUAAAUCAAUCGAAACCAGCGACAUGAAUAGCUCAGAAGCCUUCCUUGACAAUCAAUACAACAGGGAAUUGUCACCAGUGCGUUGGUGCAAUAGGGAAGUCGAUGGAGUCUAUUUGGGAAGAUCUGGAUGGGUGCAAGUUCAACAUAAAUCCCUGGACGACAGGAAGAUCAGCAAUUUCAGGACGACAGCUAAGGUCACGCAGGCACAAGACUCGAAAAGGGUUGCUCUGAAACUGUCUCAGUACCACUACAAAAGCGAACCAGGAAGAUGUCCCAGUUCUCCUACAAAACUCUUGCAACAACCGCAAAAACCUCUGUACCUGUCCAUAAAGGAACCUGUGAAGUUUGAUGAAAUCAAGAAGAAAUCCCCACAAAAUAACACAGAUUCCUUUUCGCCACCACCACACACUCCAAUCAUAUCCCCACCACCAGCAUUCCAGGAUAAAGCCACCACGAAGACGUCGCCCAAACGUACUUUCUUCGGUAAGAGUCAUUUUCUACCACGUUCAAACGCCAUAGACAGAGAUGUGAGCCCUCCAGUUUCACCGUCAAAAGAAGUAUUCAAAACUUGCGCGCCCAUGGCCACCAUUAUACCAAAACCUAGAGUGUCACCCAAGACAUCUCCUUCAAACGAAAAACAACAGAAUAAGAAGCCAGAGAAGAAGAACAUCCUUCAAGCUAAAUCACUGGAGGAAACGUCAGCGACCAGAAGAUCCAAAUUUUUUCAAAAACAUGCCGAGUCUUCUUCUUCAUCUUCAGCAUCUUCGAUGGGUUUCAGAAGCUUGGACAGCUGCGUAUCCAGACCGACUAUGCCUCGUCUUUCAGAGAUUACAGAUUCAUCUUUGGAUGUAUACGAAGAUGCGGAUGAUGAAGAUAACAACAGUUCUUCUAUCAACAUGAGCAUCACGGGAAUAGACCAAAAAGCUUCUUUCGAAGUACUCAGGAACAGAGAGAAAAUGCUGGCGAACAUACAGAACUCCAAGCAGAAUCAAUACAGAAAUCCUCUAAGAAGAUCACCAGCUGGUUCAGAAUGUAACAAACAACUGAAUUGCAGUUCGUCUUCAACGGAAAGCAUCGACUUACCUACACGAAACUCUAACGCAGCUACUCCACAGAAUAGAAGGAGCCCAUUGAAUCGGUACAUCCAAAGCAGGUCACCUCAAGAAGAAAUAGCGCAGAAAGUAAGACGCUCAAAAAGUUUGCAAUUACCUGAGAGAAAACCUGGAAGCACUAUAGAUCGAGGGGGUAGGAGGGUUUCACCACAACCACCUCCUGGUAGGAACAACGAUAGGAAUAGAAUUUACAACAAUAUUACACCACUCAAACCACAGUCUUUCGAAGGUAUGAUAAGCGAAGAUGUACGAAGAGAAGCUGAAGUUGUAACGGAGUAUAUCUACGGUAAUAGAAGCAGAGCGGCUGCUCAAGCCUUGAUGAUGCACAGACUUAACAACGGUGUAUCUGCUGAAGAAGCUGUAGAAGCUAGAAGGCCUACUGCUGAGGGUAUCACCGUCUAUUACAUUGGAAAACAAAGGAAUGACAAUUCUAGAGGGUUCCAGAGGGAUAAGACACUACCAUCGGCAACAAACCACACAAGGAUAAGCCCACAAAGCCGACAAGAAUCUAGUUCGUACGGCGCCAACAUCUGUGACUACUGGACACAUUGUGGUAAUCGCGAUUCUUCCCUUACCAGAGAUUCGCAGUUUGUUAUGAGAUCUUCUCAGAGUUACCCGAUACAGCAUCACGUUUCCUUGGAUUCCGCGAAUGUUAGGAUGGAUAGGGUGAUACCUGACAACCUCAAGAGAAGAUCGGGUGGUGUUAUAACCGAAAGGAGGGUGUUACCUCCUCAGUUCAGUGUUAGGAAUACGCUGACUCCUACGGACUUCCUCAGAAACGGUAGGAGCGACCAAGAAGUGACUGAUAUAAUGGAUAGGUUGAGUCCUAGCGGUAGGACCACCAACGAAAGUCAAGAAAGGAAGAGUUCACCGUCCAACUCGAGGAACCAAUCGAACAGAUCCCUGGAUAACGCCAGCAACUCCUCUUCCAGCGACGAUAUAUGGUUAGCUUCUGAUCGUACUGUCACCAAAUGUCCGAGAAAUGCGAAAAGUUCAGGUGCCUCGACUCCUCUGGAAGACCUGCCGCCGGAGAAGGAGCACCACGUCCGGGAAAUGAUACUGACGAGGCCUGGAAGCGCUCCGUCGCAGGAUAGACAGGAGAGCUUCCUGGAAUCGCAGCAGAGGUCAAUGUCCCUGCCUAAAUCUUUCCAGUCUACGGGUUAUCAGCAGAGCGAGGAGUUCCCCAGUUCCAAUCCUGGUGCUGACAGUCUGGGAUCUUCCCCGAACUCCCGAAGGAAGCUGCUUCCUGUCGAAGUGUCGCACACAGCUCCAGUAACGCCCUUACAUGAGGGAAAUCUCAGACGAUCUCCUCUCAGAGGAUCAGGAGAUAGAUGUGCUAAGGCGUCUUCAACUCCGGAACUACUAGAAUCAACCGAAACAGACAGCAGAGACUGGGAUAAGCAAGACUCGAAAGACGGCGAGAUUGUAAGCAGUAGAUCAGGGAGUAAGGAUCUAGGAAGGAGAAAUAUUCCAGCUUCUUCGACAGAAAGCGUCUUACAGAAGUUCAAGAAAUCAAUUUCACUCCGAUUCCAAAAGAAGAGCAGCAAGGACAGCUUCGAACAAGGGCUCUCCAUUGCUCCUUCGAUAUCGAAAGAACCAUCAGAAGACGACAACGCCACCCAAUCGUCCUCUGUACAAAUUGAAGAGAAGGAGGAGGUUCCAGAACAUAAACCAAGAUUUGGCUCCCUGAUAUGGCGAUCUAGCAAGGAAAGGAAACGGAUGAAUAAAGCUGCCAGAAAUGCCAAAUGUAACAGCGGGGACAGUGGCAUUCAGAUCGAGAUGGUGCCGGGCUGCGGGGGCAUUGGCGGAGACAGUUCCGAGUCUCAUGACACCGACGUUCCCGCCGACGACUUUGACAGUCCUCCUGUGGUGAGGAGGAGACCAGCACAUGGGAGGAUGCAUAGGCCCAAUUCGGAGCUAUUCAAUCAGGUGCUCAUAGAUAAGUUCAAGGCUGACCUUAAGCAGAGAGCCCACAAGCACCAACGCGUGAGGAGGUCGAGGUCCGACUUGGGUGGACACAGGAUACUGCACUGGGAUUCCAAGGGAUCGCACAUGCGCAACAUGUCUCCGCUCAGGAACAGACCGAAGAGCCCGCAGAGGAAGCCGCCGGACGCACCUGAGAUGAGACCGCCAGGGGCAAACAGAAGGAGGGGGCACCUGAGGAGGUCCCUGAGUCAGCCCCUGGACAUCAACAAGUUGUCGCCUUUGAUGAGGACGAAGACUGCAGGUUUGCGGCUCGGAGGUCAGGUCCUCAGCGAGGACGAGCACGACGGUAGACUAGGCGGAUCCGACGACGAAAUGAUGUCCGACUCCGAAUCCUCAGUGGCGUCCCUGAACGACCGCAAGAAGUCGCUGGAGAUGAACAUGGACGAGGAGAUGAUAGUCCUGGCCGAGGCGGUCUUCGACCAUGUGGCCAUCGAGGCGGAAGAGCUCGCCUUCAGGGCGGGCGACGUGAUCGAGGUCCUGGAGACGACCAACAAGGACUGGUGGUGGGGCUCGACCAACGGCAAAACAGGCUGGUUUCCCGCCGAGUUCGUCCGUCUGAGGGUGAGCCAGGAGGACACGGUCGAGGACUGCCUGGCGGCCAUGGCCUCUGGCCAAUCGGUAACCUCGCAUCUCCGUCGAAGAACCAGCAUAUCCCUGCUGUCCAACGACCAAGUGCGGACUAGUGUGGUGCGCGAGUUGGUGCAAACUGAGAGAGACUUCGUCAAAGCCCUUGAAGACGUCGCCGAAGGCUACAUCGCGGAGUGCAGGAAGCGAGUGGACAUGUUCACCGAGGAACAGAUCGGCACGAUUUUCAUUAACCUCGAAGACAUCUUGCGGUUUCAAUCGGCCUUUCUCAAGGACCUCGAAUCGUGCGUUAACUGGGAUGCGCCACAUAAGAGUCGUGUCGGUGACUGUUUCCUAAGGUACAAGAGUGGGUUCGAGAUAUACUCUGACUACUGCAACAGCCAUCCGAUGGCUACGGUGUUGCUCCAGGAACUGUAUCAGUUCAAUAAUUAUUGUAAAUUUUUCGAGGCCUGUAGGCUGAUGAGAGGACUCAUUGAAAUUCCCCUAGACGGUUAUUUAUUGACGCCGGUGCAAAGAAUUUGUAAAUAUCCAUUACAGUUGGCCGAGUUACUGAAGUACACGAGGGCCGAUCACGAGGAUCAUGACAAUAUCAAGGAAGCCUUGGAAGCCAUGAGGGGCGUUGCCGUGCUCAUCAACGAGAGGAAGAGGAGGAUGGAGAGUUUGGAGAAGUUGUGCACGUGGCAACAGAGGGUGGAUGAUUGGGAGGGUGAAGAUUUGAUAGAGAUUAGCUCACAACUGCUCUAUCAAGGAGAUGUUAUCAGGGUUAAAUCAGCCAUGUGGACCAGCAGUAUCACUCUCUUCCUCUUCGACCAUCAAAUUAUUUAUUGUAAGAAGGAUAUUCUUAAACGAAAUACUUAUAUCUAUAAAGGAAGGAUAGAUUUAGACACGACUGAAGUUAUCGAUAUUCCAGAUGGCAAAGAUAUUCACAUUGGGGUAACAGUAAGACACGCCAUUAAAUUGUAUAGUGUUAUUCGUGAUAAAUGGUUGUUGUUCUGUUGUCGAUCCUCAAGUGAUAAAGAAAAGUGGCUCAAGGCUUUCAAUGACGAAAGAAGAUUAGUUGCUCAGGACAAAAGUGAAGGUCUGGAAUUCACUUCCACUGCCAAGCAACUUGCCAGGUUAUCUGCCAAAUGCAAGAGGAGAAGGCCCCCACACAAACCUAGAGCAAGCAAAAAUUUCAAACAUGACUCAGCAUACAUGGGAUCAAUGCUACAGUUGAAUACUGGGACCCAGAGUUCCCAUUCCUUAGGCAGAAAAAUGGGUAAUUGGUUUACCUUCGGAGGCAAUAAAAAAAGUCGUCAUCAAACAUUUGAGACUUCUUGAGAUAAAGAUACUUUACUGUAAUCAAACAUGUUCAUAUCAAGUCUUAGUCAAUAAUAAAUUAAUGUUUACGAAAGGAUCAUGGAAGUGCCAAAAAGCGACUUGUGUCAAUGUGUUAGACUGCAGUAAUAUUUUGUUAUGAUGUUGUUGUUGAAAUAAUUUAAUAAUUAUAUUGUACAGUGAUUGAUAAGAUUGUGAAAGAACUGAGUAAGGUACACUAAAUCUAGUGGGUAAUGCUUCGAUGGCGAGUCAAGUUUCGAGUAUUUGUUGAAUCUCUUUUCAUCGCAAGGAUGCAACAAUAUAUUUUUGUACCACAAGGCACAAAAAUAUAUUGUUCUCAUCGUGAUCGGUUUGACUUUCUGUCAAACGACCUCACAAUUGUCAAAGUUACUAAUGUAGCUCUAAUCUAGUCAGUUUUGUUUUUAUAAGAUUUUAAUUUUGUAUAUUGUGGAAUCCACGUUGGAUGACCUUAGAUGUUAUGUUUUUCCAGAUGAAUGCUUGAUCUGUUCUUUUCGAGUAGAAGUACAUUAACUACUAGCCUUAGUGACUGUACUAGUAUUAGAAAACGGCUAUUGCCAAAUAGACCCUGCUGUUGUUGAUGAUUAGGCCUACUGUACAUAUCGUUGGCCCUUUAAUUAACUUGUUGCUCUUCCUUAGGUUGUAUCUCAUCUAUCAACGACUGAACUUUCUACAUAUUUUACUCCAUGUCUAUGCACAAAAAUCCUGCAUUUGAACUGUGAAUGCACAGGGUAACAUUUUUCUAUCUCCUUGUAAAACGGUUCUGACCGCCAAUCGAUUAAAUUUAUCUGUUAAGGACCAAAAAAUGUGAAAUCAUUUUUAGAAAUGUAAUAUAUACACCUGCUGUUCUUUUUAUUUUAAUAAACAGAUUAUAAGUUG